GAGCCGCCACCUCCGCCUCCAAUAUCCAGCGAGGGCAUUGUUGCGGUAGAUGUCACCCAGAAAUUCCUCGCUGCUGCUUCAUGCUUGGAACCAGGAGAGCUAGUCAAGGAUGGCUACUUUACUCUGUUUGCGUCCGUUGGGGCGCUCGAGGUCAUGGACCCCAAGAUGGACAGCGGCUGUCUAGCACCGGGCGAAUCGCUGGACGAUGACUACGACGUGUCACGGCCUCUCCUCCCCAGCGAGGUGAUCGGCAUAAUCGACCAGUUGCUGUCUCUCGAGGUCGGUGGUGAAGAAGAUUUUGUUACAAACACAUACCAUAGGUCACUUCUCGACGGAUUCUCCCUGUCUGAGAUCUGCGACGAGAUCGAGGCAGCCCGCGGGGUCGUUCACGAUCUCAGAGCCACGCUGACGGAGGAGAUGGCCGAUGCUAUAUGCCUCCGUCUCGAGCUAAGGACUGCUUUUCUGCGCACAUUCGAGCUUUCCCCCUUGAAAAGUACCGCUGAUUUGCUCAGCAAGCCCUGGUCGGACAUGCAGAGGAUAUGGGAGUCCAUCAAGAAGACUCGCCAUCUUGGCAAGCCCGUCCCUGCUGCCUUUAGCACAAGGAUACAACGGCGGCUUGCCAGCACGCUGCCCCCGCGCCCCAUGGUGCAGCCGAGCCCCGAACAGACGGAUGAACACUUUGAGAAGUUCAUCGCUCACGGCAUGAACGCACCCAAAGUCCUGGAAUAUACCAGCCCCCAGUCUCUCCUGAACUUCGUCCUGACGUUCCAAUCCCAAAAGCCCCAGCCGCUGCCCUACAUCCGCGCGCUUCUUCAACAUUUCGUCUUCGGGGAUAUGGUGGUUGUGGGCCGCCUCAGCAUCCGCCAGGUCCUCGACGAGGACCUAUCCAUCGUCGUGCUGCCCUCCAGCAUCCUCCUCGACCGCGCCAACGACGAGGUCGAAGCGCCCAACCACCCGCGCUACGUCAUCGCCCAGCAGAUGGAGCUCUUCCGCCAGCGCGCCGCGCAGUCCUACCUCGACCUGUUCCGCGCCCUCAGCCAGAACCGCUGCCGCGUGCGCCGCACUCUCUACCACAUGCUCCAGGACUGGGAGACCCUGCAAGUCGACGCCGAACACAUCGACCAGCUCCUCCAGGCCUACACGGAGGAGAAGCCGAUCGUCUACCCGCCGUCCGGCGCCGCGCCCACCCACUCCCUCCCCCUCUCGUCCUGGACCUACCACUACAAGCUCCGCCUGAUGGAGUGGACCGUCCAGCUCGGCUUCGAGCUCGAAAUCUACCAGCCCGACGAGCUGGCCGGCAUGUACUGGUACCUGGGCCACCUCGCGCGGACGCGCGACCAGCACACGGAGCGCAUCCGGUUCUUCACGGCGCAGCGCAUCAAGGCCGCCGGGCCGGGCGCCAUCGACGCGGCCGCGGCAGCCCAGUUCGCCCGCUCGCGGGCCUACCUGCACCUCACGACGCUCGACGCGGCCGCGACCGCCGAGAUGGCCGACGCGCUGAGCAACCUCUACACGGCGCUGCGGCGCCUCCUCGUCGGGGGCGGCGCGCUGGCCCCGCCGCCGCGGCCGUACAGCACCGACGCGCUGCGGUACGAGGUGCGCAUGCGGCCGUUCGCGCCGGUCGGGCUGCCCGCGCUGCCGACCUUCGCGACCUUCUCGCGGGCCGUCGCGCGGCCCGACACGCCGACGGCCGCGCUGCUGGAGCGGGCGGCGCGCGGGGCAGCGGCCGCGCGCCGCGCGCUGCAGGCUAUGUCCGCGCUGAGCGCCGCGGACGCGUUCGCCGAGGCUUGCCACGCGCGCUGGCUGGCGGGGAUCAGGGACUGGACGAGGGCGGCCGUGGCGCUGGCGGUCGCCGUGACGACGGUGCAGAGGGCGGUCGCGGACCGCAGGGAGGCCGGGCUGAGCGUGCUGGUGCCCCCGCCCGCGGAGCGGUACCAUGACUGGUGGGUUGUGCCGAAGGUGGUGGUGGAGAAGUGA